CGCCGGACAAUGAAGUCAAAAGACCUCAAACUUGUGCUUUUACAUUGUUUUUGAAAACACAGAACCAAAGGGCUGUAAGGAGACUAUUCAGGAUAAAAAGGGGACGUUUGUUUCUAGUAUGUUGCAGAUGCAUUUUAUUGAGUAACCCUGGUUUUCAUUUUCCUUUUGUCGUUAUUCCCAUACCUAUGGGAUCGCAGAGGACCCGACAGAAGCAGAGAGCUCCAGGUGGAGUCCCUGCUCUUGCAUUGACUGUCCCCAGAGCCCAGAUGCAAGCCUGUGACUGAUGUUUUCUAAAUGUUAACUGGUCCUAGAAGAAUUAGAAGUGCAUAGUCAAAGUAUCAGUUGUUCCAUGGACAGCAGAGGUGAUUCUUGCAGAAGAAAAUGACCUGUGUGCACUCUCAUCACAGAGAAAUACAAGUCCCAUUUCUUCUGACUUCUCAUCCAAAUCUUUGUGGUACUGGGGAACCCACCCAUCAGUAACUACUGCAGCACAAGCAGUAUUGACUGCUCAGUAUUGUGGCAACCUGGACCUGUGCAAGGCUCAGCUCUUGUGUUUGCAGCUACUGGCUCAACAAAUUGUUUUCCAAACUGAGCAUUUUUUACUCUGAAAACAUUGCUGCUAAAAAACUCCAAACAGGAGGAGUAAAUCCACUCAGCUUGUCAGGUCACUGGCUCAGUGUAACGGUGCUUUCAUGAGGUGACGUUGGGCCAAAGUCAACUUUUCUUUCUCCUUUGUAAACCUGCAGCCAAGCAAUGGGCCAGAAAAUCUCAGGGAGCAUAAAGUCUGUGGAUGUGAGGGAGCCCCCUUAUAGACCCGUGAAACGAGAGCUGAGAGGCCCGGAUUUCUGCAAGCCCGCGCGCCUGGACAUGCUGUUGGAUAUGCCCCCUGCCAAGCUGGAGGUCCAGUACAAACACGCUUGGAAUAACGAAGAUCGUUCGUUAAAUAUAUUCGUAAAGGAGGACGAUAAACUGACUUUUCACAGACACCCGGUGGCCCAAAGCACAGAUUGCAUCCGGGGCAAGGUGGGCUACACGCGGGGCCUGCACGUGUGGCAGAUCCACUGGCCCACGAGGCAGCGGGGGACUCACGCCGUGGUGGGCGUCUCCACGGCCGACGCGCCGCUGCACUCAGUGGGAUACACGUCCUUGGUUGGUAGCAACAAUGAAUCCUGGGGCUGGGAUCUGGGGCGCAACAAACUCUACCACAACUGUAAAAACCAGCCCGGGGUCACGUACCCCGUCUUUUUGGAACCAGAUGAGUCUUUUGUACUCCCAGACUCCUUACUGGUGGUUUUGGAUAUGGAUGAAGGGACGCUUAGCUUCAUGGUCGAUGGACAGUAUCUUGGAGUGGCCUUCAGAGGACUAAAAGGGAAAAAACUUUACCCCAUAGUCAGUGCAGUUUGGGGGCACUGUGAAAUUACAAUGAGAUACAUCAACGGACUUGACCCGGAACCCCUGCCUUUAAUGGACUUGUGCCGAAGAUCAAUACGUUUUGCUCUUGGCAGAGACCGCCUGCAUGACAUAGAAAUUCUACCUUUGCCUCUGUCUCUGAAAAAUUAUUUACAGUACCAAUAAGAAAUCUAGAACCCUCUGGCCUCACAUUGGACUUCAUCAAUGCAAAUGGCAGAAAAUUGUUUACAGCAAAAUAUAAAUCUUUGUGAUGGACA